GUGUGUACUUAAGCACAAACAAAACCGGCCAUCAAAGCGCGCAACUCUCACAAACACAACUCUUUGUUUGGAAUAAUAUAUUUUCCAACACAAAGGAUCGGAUCGAAACUGAUCAAGCAAGACAUUAUUCCUUUACUAACGUCCGAGAAUAUUUUUCUAGACUUCCUCUGUCUCUUUUCCCGUAUCAUUAUAUCUCUUAUAGGAUAUAUUAAUUUCCAAUAUAUAAAGUUAUAUACUUACCCCAAGAAAUCUAGCGCUCUCGUGAAUAUAUAGUAGCUAGUUAUGGGGAACAUGAGAUCAGAUAGCCUAUUUGGAUCUUUCAUUUCUGCUAUCAUCAACUACUGCUUUAGCUAUCAAGCAAGGUAUGAAACGAAAGAACACCUUAGACACGACAUCAUGCCCAACGCCAAUUAUAAGGGUCGUCGCCCUCUUUCUUUACAGACUGUUGAGCUUCAAGUCAGGAUGUGUUGCAGUGGAUGUGAGCGGGUAGUCAAGAGUGCCAUCUACAAGCUCAGAGGGGUCGACUCGAUAGAGGUGGAGCUAGAACUAGAGAAGGUGACAGUGAUUGGAUACGUGGAUCGGAACAAGGUGUUGAAGGCGGUGAGGAGGGCAGGGAAGAGGGCAGAGUUUUGGCCUUACCCAAACCACCCGCUAUACUUCACAUCAUCAAGCAACUACUUCAAGGACACCACCCUUGAAUACAAAGAGACCUACAAUUACUAUCGGCAUGGAUACAACCUGGGUGACAAGCACGGAAGUAUUCAUGUCAGCCAAAGAGGGGACGACAAAGUUAGUAACAUGUUUAACGAUGAUAACGUUAACGCCUGCUGUGUCAUGUAAUUAUAAUACUAAUCAAAAACUACAACUAUAUAUUGUCUUUUCAUAAUUAACUUAAUUGGAUAAGGAUGAUAGAGAUAUGUUCUAUAAAUAUGCCAGACGUUACUUAUUACUGAUUAUUGAUGCAUGUUAUUU